CUCUCCACCCCAUCACUCCAAGUGCCUCCCAGCGGCCAGCUCAACAGCAGCCAACCCUCCAAACCCCCCCAGUCCCCUCCACCCGGUCCGUCCACCGUACAGUACACAGUAAAGAGCGUACCAUACACAGUAGUACGAAUGCGACCCGCUCUCUCUCGGAAUGGAACGCUCGAUUCCGCGGCCUCUUGUGCGUCCUCCUUUCGUUCCUCAUCUGUGCUCGACACGUACAUAGCUGGAAAUCUCAUCACGCCAGCGGCUCACUCUGCACAAGCUUCCGACAACGGUCGGCGUUUCACCGCUAGAAGACAUGGUUACACAACGUGUGCCCCGCCAGGCCACCAGAAUACUGUGGUACACACGCCUUUUGAUGCUGGAGCCGGCUUCUGUUGUGCCACCUGUCAACCUGUCAAUGCCAGCAGCCCUACUGCUUGUACAGGUCCUGCCACCAAUGGUUCCCGUGCACAUCGCUUGGGCCCCUGGUUGACUCGUUUCCCCAGGAUGCUGUCCCACUCUCCCAUGUCCUUGGUCAUUGAAUCCUAUUUCCGGUUACUGGCCAGGGUUGCUCCAACUCCCCCGGCCCAGCCGCCACCCAUCGAGGAUCCCUCUGCAGAUCCGGCAUCCACCGCUUGUGUUCCCGUAGCGCCCGCUCGACUACCUUGGGUACGUCGAGAAAAAUCCUAAGCCGCAGCCAGUCGCCGUGGCAAUCCCCCUGGCCUACGGGAAUCUGGCAUUUCCCUCCCAGCCGCAUCCGGGUGAGAUCAUCGAGCACCGUGCCAGCCCUCUCCAUCUCUUCAACGCUCUCCGCCGUCGGCCAGCCAUCACCGCCUCUCCUCUUCAGCCUGAACAAUGCUGCUGCGAAUACGAUCUCGCAAUGCCGUUGAAACACAUCUCCGUUUGCCUUCUGUGGCUGUUCGAGGGUACCCGUUGCGAGCGUCUGCAACCUGGUUUUCCGGGUUUGGACACUCCGAGCACGUCGAGGAUCCGGCUCUGAGGGCAU